AUGGCGGACCUUGAAGCGGCCAACAUCAACCACGACAAUCACUUGCUUCUUGAUCAACCGUGUUUGCGACUGCCAUACGAACUCCUACGAAAGAACUUCCGCUCGGUUCAUUAUCCCUUCGAGUGGGACUCGACCUCGGUCAAAAACGUGGUCAAAGAAACAGCUAAUGGCUUAAUCAGCGGGAAAGCCUCACCGCAAGAUGCCGUCGAGAACUUGGACCAGAUGCUGGUCAAGAUGCGAGGCUUGAAGCGCAAGCUGACGGCUGCGGCCAAGGAGGAGGACCGGCUGUAUCGCCAAAUGGACUCUCGCGUCGCUCACCUGCGCGAGCUCGCCGAUCUUCACACCGUCGACGACGUUCGGUACGAGGCAUGGUCGCGCCAACGCCUCGACCGCCUCUUGGUCGACUACAUGCUUCGGCACGGCUAUGACUCAUCGGCAAUAGCGCUGGCGGAUGAGCGGGGGAUGCGGGAUCUCGUCGAUAUUGAUACUUUCGUGGUCAUGAGCAGGAUCCGAAAGUCUCUCGAGGGCGGCAGCGUUCAGGAGGCGCUGAACUGGUGCAACGAGAACAAGAAGGAGCUCCGCAAGAUGCAGUCCAACCUCGAGUUUUUGCUGCGAUGCCAGCAGUACAUAGAAAUGAUGCGCACCGAUUCGCCGGCCAAGAUGGCGGAGGCUAUCCACCACGCACGGAAGUACAUCACACCGUUCACCGAAACCUACCCGGUCGAGAUCAGCAGCAUCGCUGGACUUCUCGCUUACCGCCCCGGCACCAUCUCCGAACCAUAUGCCUCCCUCUACAGCGCCUCCCGCUGGCAGAAACUCGCCGACACAUUCGUCGAGGCACACCUCAAGCUUCUCGGCCUCCCUAUGACUCCCCUCUUACACAUCGCCCUCUCAUCGGGCCUAUCCGCUCUCAAAACCCCCGCCUGCCACAGUACCCAGCUUCAGGUACCAACCCAACCCGAAGAAUCGCAGCCCGUCAACGGGGCCGGCGACGGGGCCGCCACCGCCACCGCCGCCGCCGCUUCCAGUACCACUUCCACCGCCAUCCCGCACCACCACCACGGCACGGCUUCGCUCACCACGCGCGUCUGCCCGAUCUGCUCGACCGAACUCAACGCCCUCGCCCGCAGCGUGCGCUACGCCCACCACGGCAAGAGCCGCCUUCUCGAGCAGGACCUAGUGCUGCUGCCCAACGGCAGGGUCUACGGUAAGGCCCGACUGGACGAGUACGCUGCGAAAUCAGGCUUGCCCGCGGGGCAGAUCAAGGAUUUGGUUACCGGGGAAGUUUUUUCAGGGGAGGAGGGCAGGAAGGUUUUCGUCACCUGA